CGGGACUUGGAGUUCGGGGCGGGGCCGUGCGCUGCCCGCGGAGCCGCGGUCCGGCCGCUGCCGGCGGAGCUGCGCGGGGCUCCCGCGGUGCCUGGGGCGCUGCUCCGCUCCGGGCGCACGGCUAAGGCGGCACCAUGAAGAGGAGAGCAGGGGAGCGGGAGAAAGAACUGAAGAAGAAAAAACUUCUUGAAGAACUUGGGGAGAAUAGACUUCCAUACCUGACACCAGCCGAUGCUGAUUUCCACCAGCUGUGGAAGACCAAGUAUUCCAAGCUGAUUUUCAGGAAAUCUGAUACAGUACCUGAAGAGCUCCAUCAAAUGGUACAAGAAAGCUUUCUGACCUUGAGAGAACACAACUGUUUCUUUCAAGAUCUUGUAAGGAUCAAAGGAAAAGACUUCCUUACUCCAGUGUCUCGUAUAUUAAUUGGAAACCCAGGAUGCACUUAUAAGUACUUGAACACAAGAUUAUUUACAGUUCCUUGGCCUACAGAAAGUCAUGAUAUAAAAUAUUGCAGUCCUCAAAUACAUGAUGCUUGUAAAGCAUUAAUGAGAUUUAAUGACUACUUGCAUAUUGAAACAGUCAAGGCCUUACAAGGACAAGAUUUGUUUGAAAACAAACAAAUUCAAGAUACUACUGUAAUAGAUAGGAAGCAAAGUUUUGAUACUUCUCUUACAGAGCAAGUGUCUGUUUCAAAAGAUCAAAGCAGUGUUUGUGUACCAGAGGAUGACAGAAGUCUAAAGAACAGAACAUCUUUCAAUUUGACUUUAUUAAAUUAUAUGGAUCCACUACAAAUGCUGUACUUGAAACAAGAGCCUUACUUUGGAAUGGGGAACAUGGCAGUGAGCUGGCACCAUGACGAGAAUCUGGUGGAAAGGUCAGCAGUGGCUGUGUACAGUUACAGCUGUGAAGAUUCAGCUGUACAAGAAAGCAAUGCACAGGAACUGAAGGGAAGAGACCCAGCUGUUUGGCAUGUAGGCUUGAAGGUGGCGUGGGACAUUGAGACACCUGGCUUGGCAGUGCCACUUCACCAAGGAGACAUCUACUUGAUGCUUGAUGACCUCAAUAUGACCCAUCAGCACUGUGUUCUGGCUGGUUUAUCACCUCGGUUCAGCUCCACUCACAGGGUGGCAGAUUCUUCAAGAGGAACAUUGGAAUACAUACUUGGGCAGUGUGAACUGGCACUCCAGAAUUUACAGACUGAUUCUGAUUCAAUGGCUUUGUCUUUGAAAUCACUGGAAGCUGCAGUGGUGAAGCAAGUAGAAGAAAUACAUAAUGAGGUUGAAUUUGAGUGGCUUAGGCAGUUUUGGUUCCAAGGCAAGAGGUAUUUGAAGUUCACUGAUUGGUGGCUUAAGCCUAUGGCUAAAUUGGAAGAAUUUUGGAGAAAACUGGAGAUUAUGACAAGUCUGGUCCUCUCUGAGGUUAGAAAAGAGCAACAAAUUGAGGAACAAAGGAAUGAGACCAUCAGCUGCUUCCUGCUCCUGCUUAAGGAGAGACAAAAGCUGCGUAAAGAAUGGACAGCAAGAUGCCAGUCAGACGCAGCAGAGAGCUUGCCAGAAGACCAGAAACCAGAAUGCCAUCCCUUCUGGACAGAUGAUGAUGAAUGCAAUAUGCCUCUGCCAUAUGAUCUAGAAGAAGUAAUUGCUUAUCUACAAAAUCUUGUUCAAUGGAUAGAAUAACAAGUGACCUUCCAGCCUAGAAUUAUUGAUGCUGGUCAUCUGGGGAGAAGCUUUGUCAUUAUCAUAAAUCUUUUCAGCUUUAUGAUUUCUUGAUUGUAUGUUAUGUGUCAAUGCAGAUUUCACCAUUCUUUACACAAUAGCUUAGUUACUGUCUCAUAAUAAAAAAGACAAGCCCCCAAAUUUACAGAAGUGUGUGUUUUCUAAGACCUGAAGUCCAGAAGACCAGCCUUUGUUCCCUCCUCCUCCACUCUAAUUCCCAUUGACCCUAGAGCCCAGGGAUGUCUGUGUUUCUCAGACUCACAGAAUGGGGCAGGGUGGAAGGGACCACAGUGGGUCACCAGGUCCAACCUCCCUGCUCAAGCAGAAUUGCCCAGAGCACAGAGCACAGGGUUGUGUCCAGACAGUUCUGGAAUGUCCCCAGUGAGGGAGGCUCCACAGGCUCUGGCCAGGCUGUUCAGUGCUCGGGCCAUCACUGCAAAGAACUCCGUGCUCGUGUCCAGGUGCAACUUCCUGGGCAUCAUUCCUGCCCCUUCCUCCUGUCCCAUUGCUGGGCACCAGGAGCAGAGCCUUGUCCAUCCUCGUGACACCUGCUGCAGAUACUGACAGAAAUCAUUAAUGUCCCCUCUCAGCCAUCUCUUCUUGAGGCUGAGCAGGCCCAGCUCUGCCAGUGUUCUGACACAUUCCCUUGGGAUCAAAAUUUCAGCUUCCAUGAGUGCCUAGAGCUGUCUCUGGCCUGGCAGGUUUGAGCAACCCAAGGUGUAGCUCACACCUGUGGCAAAGCAGACUGCGUGAUCUGGGCAUCCUAAUGAGAGGCCAGUUUGGGGUGAGCCUGCUGGACAUCUUCAGAAGAGAGCUGUGAAUUCUCAAUCCAGUAACACAAAGGGGCAGGAGAUGCUGGAGAUAUUCCUUUGUUCAGUGGCUCCUUCUCAGAGCAUUUUUUCAGAUGAGGAAUUCUGUAGGAGCAUUCUAACAUAGAUCCCAAGACUUUAUUACUGUUUUGCCUCAUGGCAACAGAGUACGACUAGGAGAGAUUUCUGAUGUGAAUCUGUACCUCCUGGGCUCCCUGGAAUUCAGAAUUUAGUUCCUAAUCAUUGCUUUGUUUCUGCAUGUUGUGAAUCCUAUUCUGAGGUCAGGUUUCCCAGUGCUUUGCCUAAAGAGCUGAUGGACCUGAGUAAGACCUUCCAUUUGGGUUGUUUGGUCCCCUGAGAAACUAGAUUUAGAAUGUGUGAUAUUGGGUGUUGCAGCAUCAAGUGAGAUCUAUGAGUAGAAACCCAAAAACUAUGAGAAACAAAGCUGUUUGUGAUGUUUUGUAGUAACGUGCUAUAAAAAGAACAAUUACGUGUGGGAUGAUACUGGGUGCUCCUUCUGAAUGAGAUAGAGAAUUUUGAUUUGGUAAAUUGCUAUUUUAUCUGAACUGGUUGCACUGGUGUCCAACUUUGCCACAAAAAGCAGGAAAUCAUUAUGGUGAAAAAGCACUCAGGCUGCAUUACCAAAAAAGCCAGUAAGGUUCAGAGUUUGACAUUGCCACCAAGAAAUGAAUAUGCCUCCUGUGUUAAUGUGGUGUUUAAAGUCUUUGCUGAGGCUGAGCUCACCCAGAACACACCAGCUUCUGUACUGGCAAAGUGCUGUGUGUGUGGAUGAGGCUUGUACUCCUGAAAAUUGUGCUUUUGACAGUAUAACAUAUGCCAGACCUCCCUGGAGCUAAGGAAGCUGUGCCAGUAAAAAUUCAGUUUUAGUGGUAUAAAACUGUGUCCACACCUACCAGCUUUUGCCAGGACAAUUAUAUCAAGUAGAGGUUGUACCUUGUAAGACUUUAGGUAAAGCUGUGCCAGCAAAAGUAUAAAUACCUGAAUCAAGUGUUUCCAUCGUAGUCCUGGGCUUCUGCAAAACUUUUAGUUAUCCUGUGGAAUGUAAAGACUCUCUGAAGAAGAAAUUAUUACUUAAACUAGGUUUGAUAAUAUUACCAUGAUCCACACAUUUAUCUGUUGUGUCUUGUGCCAUAGAUUUCAUAACAUUUGGAAAUACUGCUAUGGGCAUAGCUGUCUCUUCCCUGCACUAGUUAAAUCUGGCUUUACCAGUGGCAUAUUUGGAUUAGUGCCACACUAAACACUGUUUACUUUGGAGAUCGCUUAGAGAAAAGCUAGCUGAAGUUGUGGGAAUUCUGCUUUUGAAAAGGCAGUUCUCAGAAACAGAUAUUGCUUUGGAAAUGAACAGUAUGGAUUCAGACAAGCUAAUGAUGUAGCAGUGUUAACACAGUGUUUACGGAGACUGUUUAUUUAUGCUGUUAUGUUAUGAUUACUUUGUGUUUAAUUAAGCACUGCUAAAAUCCAUGGGGAUCACACUAUUGAAAGAAAUCUGACCACCACAAAGGGUGGAGAAGGCACAUCAAUGAUGUAGUUUGUAGCUGAAGUGGAGGCAAAGCUAUUAAAAAUGAUUGGCAAAUAAUUAUUUCCAGCAGCAGUAGAAAUAAAACCAAACAGAAACAAUCCCAAACCCAUUAGGAGACUGCUGGCAGUAAUAACAGAAUUUUUAGAAUACAUGUUCCCAGGUCUUGCCUAUGCUUGAAGAUUUAAGGUAGUGAAUUAGCUGAACUAGAACUAGUCUCAGUGCAGUCAGAUACCACUUAUCAAAGCCAUGGUUAGCAAUUAUAAGGACAAAUGAACACCUUUGGAAUAAGACUGCCAAAAUACCAAUAAUGAAGUGAUUAAAGGCUCUGUGUUGCACUCCAGUCUUGCAUCAUCUAAAUCAGUAUAACCUGAUUGUGUUCAGUUGAAAUGCAGAAGUAUGAGAAGAUUUCAUAUCUCCAAAGCCCACAGGAGUUGAUAGCAAUAACAUGAGUAAGAUGGUAGAACUGUUUGAAGCACAGAGUAAUGCCAAAGGGUACCCCAAAAGGAGAACACAGUUAAAGGUAAAUAUGUAUAAAAAAACCUGAGAGAACAAGUAUAAAUUAUUGCUGUGUUUAGAGUAUGUGUUAGAAGCUGACAAAUACUUUUAAGAUUUCUUUAUUUUAUUAAAGUAGUUAUAAUUUAGCUUGUUUCAAUGAUUCUUUAGCAAUCCAUUUAUAUUCCAGCAUUAGAUAACCCAUUUCCUUUUUGAAAGAGCUGGAAGACACAGUCUCUAAUUAAUGUUCUGUGUAUAGCAGUUGUUUGCCAAGCCUGGAUGCUUUAGAAGCAUGAGGACCAAGGUCAAGUUUUUUUCAAGGAAGAGGUGAGAGCAUAAAUUAACUUCUGACAUUAAAUUCAGUGGUUCUUUUAAAAUGGUGAAGUUCACGAUUUUGCUUACAUUUACUUUUCAUCAGCCCGGACUGAAUUGAGGUAAAAUAGUUCACUUGCACGUGUGUGUCAGGCUAAAUGGAUUGCAGAAGAUACAGAUCUGUUUGCCUGUCUGCACUUGCCUUUAGACAAUAUUCAUCAAUUUUACAAAAGCUACUGACUAAACAUGGAACCAGUACAAAUGAAAUGCUCAAGGCAAGGGCUUUCUUUUAUAAAUCUGAUACAGAGUUGGUUUUACACUGAUAGUAAGAAAAUGUUGGCAGAAAAUGAAAAACUUCUAUUGUUUCUGUAAUUUGGGGGAUGAAAGAUACAGCCUGUUUUUAAGUAUUUGAUAGAAAACUGCUGUGUUAUGCAAUGUAAUUAGAGAUGUUUUUAUGAUGCUUUGUUCAUAUCCAUGUAUAUGAAAAUAUUUUAUCCCAUAGGUCUUUUCUUCUGUUAAAAAGGUUAUGUAAAUAAAUAAAAUUAAUCUCAAUA